CUGCCAUUGGCCAGCCUGAGAAUCGCCCAGCUGGUGCUUCAUUCACUUUGGAUAGUGUGGAACCUGAGCUGGAAUUGAUGCGAGUUUUUUGCCCCAUCCUACAACUGUUUCCUUCACCAGGAUAACGAGCGUUGAUGCCACGAAAUCGAGAGCACAGUGCGCGUUGCGAGAUAAUACUUGGCUCCAUUUCGCGUGUUACGGGACACAAAAAUUUGACGAACCCUUCAAUUCGGCCUUUCUUAUGCGCGGCCACCCGCUUUCACUCUUCCAUAUCACCCAAAUGGAUCUCUCGGCAUCGAUUUGCAUUUCUUUCUGCCUGUGAAACGGCAGUCGGUGUCCCUGGAACGCCCGACGAAGUGAUACACCUAGCGGCUGGCCUGCAAUUCGCUGGAAUUAAGAGUAUUGUCGGGUCAUUAUGGAAGGUCAACGAUAGUACUGUGCAACGCUUAGUCGAGGCAUUCUACAAAAACUUGUGCGGGGAUGGCAAGAUGAAUUCCAAACGAACUACGAGCUGCCCGAGCGCUGCACCGAGCGGUCCAGUCGUUGGCUUGCGGCAAGGAUAUGCCCUUAGGCCAGCGCAUAGUGUUCAUACAUAUUAGCAUAUGAUCAAUUUUAUGCGUACCCCCAGCUUGCGG